CUGGAUUCAUGCUUCUUAAACGGUGACGAUGGAUGGGAACACAAGAGACCCCGUGCAGGGGGAUGGUGACAUGGACCGGGUGCGUGUGGAGGACUUUCGCCAGUACCACGAGAGCGACAAGCAGUGGGCAGCCCGCAAGCAGUUUCUGCAGAAACACCUUCACCUCUACCCUGGCCGCAAGGUGGAGCAGCUCAUUGCCCUGUCCGUGGUGUGGACCAACAUUGUCUUCAUGGGCAACCGGUACGGGGAGCUGCUGACGCAAAAGGUUCACCAGAUGGCUGAAGAGAUUGAUAUUGGUGAGAUGCCAUCUUUUGAGCUUGUUCCAGGGGCCAAAGCAACUAAAAGGCCAGGAGGUGCAGAUAAUGCUGAACAACCACAAAAAAAGUUUGCAUCUAGGCUUGGUCCACGACCACGUUUUCAGCCAGUACAUUUUGUAGUCGGCACAGAUGAUGACAGCAAGCUUGAGCCUACCAAGAAAACACAAGGUGCUGACCUUCAGACUGCAGAUGCACCAUCAAUGCGUUCCUUUGAUUCCGCCCAAAUUGAGGACAGCGUGGUACAAAAUUCCUGUGUGUUCACUGCAGAUGAUGUCUGUGUAACUGAGGAGGAUAACGAAAUGGAGCCUGAGCCUCAUCCCUUUAUUUAUGAUGCCUCCAAAACAAUGGAGGACCAAAGCAAGUCUGAACCUGGGAAUUUCAUGUCAAGAAUGACACAGAAUUACUCUGCAAAAUAUGAAUCUCACUAUUCAGAAACAUCCAAAGACUUUCACAGUAAUGUCUUCAACUCUUAUAAAGACAAACAAGCAAGAAAAGGCUUUGGCUUUGUUGGUUUGCCCCAUCAACCAGACAAAUACAAGCAAAACAGGGAAGCUGGCAGACAUAAUUUACAGACUCAAGAUAAGACGGCUUUCAUUAAACAGCUUUCGGACAUUGUGAGACAGAAUACGGCAAACCCUACCUUAAGCUUUGAUGAUAAACAAGUUAAUUACACCUUCCUGUUAACUCGCAGCAUUCAGGCUUGUAAGAAAAAUCCAGAAUACAUUUAUGCCCCUUUAAGGGAAAUUAACCCUUCCUGCCUCCCUGAAAACCAUACACUUCCAAAAGAUGGUUAUGCUUGUGAAGUGAGAUGUCAGGAUAUAUAUUUAGCUACUGGUUACUCUGGAAGUAAGAAUGGAGCACGCGAUCGAGCUGCUAAGAAUGCCAUAGAACUGCUAAAAAGACCCGUAGAAGUUGUAGAAGUAACGCGGCGAUAUGGACAUACGUAUCAAGGGGAUUUUGUAGUUUGGUUAAUUAACAGGCCUUUAAAGGAUUUUCCGCCAGUUCUUAAACAGCAAAAUGUUGAUAACUUCUCACAAUCUGGGUCACAAAUUCAUGAUUUUACCAAAGCGGGGCUACCGUCCAAAUCAUGGACCGAUUUUAUACUCACAGAAAAUGCUUGUGAUGCGAUAGGAAUUCUGAACAACUCUGCCACCUUUAACAGAAUGAAUGUUGAGUACAGGUAUGAGAUGACUCCCAGCAAAACGUGGCGAUGUAGUGUUUAUGUGCAGGAUCAUUACAUAGCACAUGGUUAUGGAAAUAAAAAGAGCAGCAAGCAUGCGGCAGCCGAGAAAGCGGUCAGUAUCCUCAAAAGCCAACAGCCCAACCUGCAAAAGAGUAGCUGCAGUCAACCUCAAACUAGCGCUCACUUUACAGAACUAAAAGACGUUAUGAUUUAUGAAAAGGCCUCGAAUCCAGUGUGCACAUUAAAUGACACGGCUCAGUUCAACAAAGUGACAGUAGAUUAUAUAUUUGAGAAAAUUGAAGGCUUUAAUUGGAAGUGCAAGGUAUUCAUGGAAGGUCAAUUUCUAGCUGAAGCGAUUGGGCUUAGGAAAACUGUCAAGCAUACCGCAGCUGAAGAGGCAGUGAAGGUUCUAAAGAAGACGCAGCCUGUGGUGAUUAACAACGUAAAGAAUAGCUCCGUGCAAGAUGCUAUUUCAAGACACCAGAUUCAGGGAUGGUCAAAAACGGAGGCUAACAGACAGCAGAUUAAGGAGGAUAAUAUUGGAAACCAGCUCUUACGGAAGAUGGGUUGGACUGGUGGAGGACUGGGCAAGUCAGGAGAAGGAAUAGCUGAGCCCAUAUCUGUAACAGAGCAAUUUCAUCGCGAGGGCCUAGGCCUUGUGUCAACCAAGCACAAAAUAAACAAGAGCGACCUUGAACAAAUCAUUAGGGUCUAUGCCUCUUCUCAUAACCAGGACGAUCUAACCUUUUCUAGAGGACUUAGCAAUGAAGAACGGAAGCUUAUACAUCAGUUAGCUCUAAGGUACGGCCUCAAGAGUAAGUCUCAUGGACAGGGUGAGGGAAGGUUUUUGGUUGUGAGCAGGAAAAGAAAUAAGCAAGAACUCAUACAUCAGCUACGAUGCGAAGGGCAGGUUGGAUCGUAUGCCCUUGUUAUGCCUCAGGAAAAUUAGUGAGGCCGCUACAUUUUCUUUACUCUUUGGGUAGUUUGUCCUGUUUAAACAGUAUUUGACCAUUGGUGUUCAAAACAACAUGGAUCACUUAUUUUCACACAGUUGCUAUGGUAUUGUUUGUCUUGUUGUAAAGAAAAGAAAAAACAGCCAUUUUUGUGAUCAUCUUGUCUUUGUUAAUUUGGCAAAAGUAAAUGGCAGCAUUAAAACAGGAAAUAUUUAUAUGAAAAGUUUUAAUUAGUUUUUACAAAUUUUGUGUUUUUGCAAUUUGACGGUAAGUGUGUUUUAUUUAAUUUGUAAUGCCUUUUAUUACCCUUUAAAAUGGUGUAAAAAUGUGGUAAUGUUUUCUUAAUCCCAAAUAAAAUGUUAUCACUGUGCAUCUCAA